UAUUUAAAUUGUAAAAAAAUAUUAAAAUAAAUUAUUAAAUUGCAAUUUUUUAAAUAAUUAAUAUUUUUUUAAAUUGAAAAAGAUAGAAAAAAAUUAUAUUAUUAUAUAAAAAUAAAUAAAAGAAUAAAUUAUAUAAAAUAAUUUUCAAAAUGUUACUUUCUUUAAAAAGAAUUUUUGUUUUUAUUUUCUUCUUUGGAUUAACAAAAAUUGAUGCAUAUGAUUUUUUUUGUGAUGAAUCUUCUAAUUCAUUUGUGCUGACAGCAAUUUUACAAAAUUAUCGAUCAAAAAUGAUAACUGAAGGAUUACCGGAAUUUAAUUUUCCACCUUUGGAACCACUUUUCAUCGAUAAAAUUAAUUAUGAAACAAGAAAUCAACAUAUAGGAGUAUUUAAUUUAGAUCUAAAAAAUCUGACAGUCAGAGAAUUGUCGAAAUUCGAAAUUCUUGGCGCUUGUGUAUUUUAUUUUAGUCAGAGAAUAAUUGUAAAUUUUACAGUACCAGUAAUUUCUAUAAAUGGACAUUAUAAUUUAUCGGGAGCUUUAGAUAAUUUUUCACCAGGGAAAUCAAUUGAAUUAAAAGGCGCUGGACCAAUAAAAUUUGCUCUUAAUAAUGUAAAUUUUGCCGCACAUAUUGGCAUUGGUUUAGGAUAUUCUGGCUAUUUGAAAAAUUUUAAUAUCGAUUUUUCAGUAGAAUCAGUAAAUUCAAAUCUUGAAAAUUUAAUGGGUGAAAAUAAACACGUCAGUCAUGUUAUGAAUCAGGUCGUAAAUGACGUUCUUCCUGACACUCUUCGUCUCUUAAAACCAGAAAUGGUACCAUCGAUAAGGGAUUUUCUUUUUGAAAAAAUAAAAAAUAUUCUCAAUAAUCUUACAGAGAGUAAAAUACUUUCAGCUUUUUUAAAAAUUGCAUUAUAAUUAAAUCUUUUUAAUAUGUAUAUAUAAUAUUAUUAUUUAUUGUUACUUUUUUUAUUAUUAAAAUAAAUUAAAUUAGAAAUAAUUAUUGUACAUAAAAUUCUAAAAAAUUAAACCAAUUUUAUUAAAAUAAUUGUUAAAUUUCAA